AUGUCGGACAAAAUCAUCAUCGCAUUCGAUAUGUACGGCACAUUGUUGUCUACAGAUUCUAUUGUUAAACAGCUGGAUACACAUGUUGGUUCUACUCAAGCAUCGUCAAUCUCCACGCUUUGGCGCCGAUAUCAGCUGGAAUAUACAUGGAGACUCAAUAGCAUGCAUCAAUACGAGGAUUUCUCAACAGUCACCCGAAACUCGCUACGACAAGCAUUAGCUGAGCAUGAUCAACAGCUACCAGAAUCCGGCAUUGACACUUUGUUGGAAGCAUAUGACAGCCUACAUACGUUUCCGGAUGUAGGCCCGGCACUAAAUCGAAUCGCGAAUGAUCCAAACCUUCAGGCUGUGAUAUUCUCCAAUGGCACGAAGAAUAUGAUCUCAAAUUCAGUGCUACACUCCCCAGACUUGUCCCAGCACGCCAAUGUAUUCCAAGACCUGGUUACUGUGGACGAUGCUAGGGUGUAUAAGCCUGCACCUGCUAGCUAUCAGCAUUGUGCUCGAACGAUCGGCAAGCAGCCUUCUCAGAUGAAUGAGAUUUGGUUGAUCAGCUGCAACGCGUGGGAUAUCGUCGGAGCGCGCAAUGCUGGAUUGAAUGCCAUUUGGAUCGAUCGGGCUGGCAAAGGUUGGCAGGAUGCUGCUGUUCCGGAACUAAAGCCGACGGCGAUUGUACGUAGUCUGGAACAGAUCAUUAAGGAGAUCAAAAGUCGACAGACAUAG